AUGGCUUUCGACAUGCUGCACCUUACUUCUGGCAGGCUCCAGAAUUCCGACUUUACUACCUUACAUUCACUCUACGGGUCCAGCGUCUCUGGCGCCGAAGCCAUGCCUUCCUUCUCUAUCGUCACUCAGGACACUUCACCCGACACCUCCCGCAUUUCUGCACACUCCAAUAAUUCAUCUACCAAGAAACUUAAGCGCAGGCAUGCCAAGCGCGGGCGCUUUUCCAAAAGGAAGACGGCUACGAGUCUGCUUGAAGAUGCUAGCGCAUGCGACCCUUUGUCUCUGAAUGCUCUUGCUAGCCUUUCCUCGAAGUGGCUCAACCUGUCUUUCCUAGACCGCUCUCCUACCUACACGGACUACUUCGUGAAUUACUGGCGACAUGCACUAGCAAAGGAGCAGGACAUUUUUGUGGAUCAUUUUACUACUGUCAUGGCAGCUGUCCACGAAGAUUUACAGGCUCCCUCAACCAUUCUCUCGACUCAGUCUUCGCCCGUGCAAUGCGACGAAUCAUCCAAAUACAUUCCAUACGAAAUCACCUGUCCCUGGGGCAAUGAGGAGAAAUGUCGCCUAAACGGGAUCAAAUGGGACGAAUGGCGUUGGGAAGACGAUGAAAUUUAUAUUCCAACGGGCAAACAUCAUGACUAUGGAGCUAUUGGCGAGCCACCAAUAUAUCCGCUGCGCAACAUGGGCACCCAUUUCCAGAUCGUGGCACCAAAGCCGAUUCGUGCAUGGAACAACAUAUCCUGGCUGGGUCAUCCACCCGUUGCUGCUGCCGUCUAUGAGACUUCACAGACCCCUCUCAUGAAGAGUAUCUAUCCCUCUACUUUCACGACGCACCACCCGCACGCCGAGUCGACCGACAUCGAUGACUCUACCAGCGCCUCUCCCUCAUCCUACCUAUCUGCUCUUGCUGCCGCUUUUCCACCUGCUGGCAGGCAUAUUCCUCCCGUGCAUGUCGAUGAUUCCCAUCUGACCAUUUAUGAAACAAAACCGAUUUGUGUCGAAAGACAACAAUCGAGGGAUCACAAGCUGUUCCAGUUUUUACGUAUGUCUUAUGAUCAAAAGUCACUGAGCUUGAAAGAUUAG